CAAGUGGUAGGAGGACUGUUUCUACGCAUACCUUUCCAUCGCUCCUGGGUCGUAUCGCCAAGCAACCUCUACUCUUCGUCAUUCCAUUGCCUCUGCUUGCCUCGGGUCCUCUCAUCAAGAGUUCCGGACACACCCUAAUCUGCUUCCCGUUUUGGCUGCAUUUAGGUCCAAUUCUUGAACCCCUGCCGAGAGACGAGUUCUUGAGCCCUCUGCUAUAGAAACGGGGGAAAAGAUGUGAUUUUUCGGCUAAAGAACCACCGAGUUCCAAUCGUUACUUUUUCUUGCGGCUGUUGCCGGCCGCCUCUUCGGUUCAGAGAGAAGAACAAGCCUUCUUCUUGAAGGGAAAGACGAGAAAAAGAAGCAAUCUUUUCUAGCCAGAGGUUUCCGAAAUUUCCAAUUCUUGGUGCGUUUGGUUCUGCUUCCGAAUCCUCGAGUCAUCGCCGAGGGAAACGGAGGAAAAAGAAGUGAUUUUGUUCAGCUAAAGAUGGGGAAAAGAAGCCUCGGAGGGCUGUCAACCCUGUUGUGGAUUUAUUUGGUGUGCCGAAGGUGGCAGCUCUCUGAUUCUCUCAAUGGCGAAGGUCGAGCUCUUCUGGCAUUAAAAGGCAAAGUAGAGGUCGAUCCUUAUGGCGCUUUAGCAAAUUGGGAUGAGGAAGAUGAUGAUCCAUGCUCCUGGUGUGGAGUUGAGUGCACUGAUGGCGGAAGAGUCGUGGUUUUGAACUUGAAAAAUCUUUGUCUUAAAGGGACACUGUCACCUGAAGUAGGCAAACUGAUACACUUGAACACUCUAAUUUUACAUAACAAUUCCUUCUAUGGAGCUGUUCCUGGGGUUAUUGGGGAAUUGCAGAAGCUGAAGGUAUUGGAUUUGGGACACAAUAACUUUAGUGGAGUACUUCCAUCUGACCUUGGGGAUGUUGCUUCUCUAGAAACACUUGUUCUAAGAGGAAACAGAUUUGCUGGUAACUUAUUAUCAGUAUGGUCUAAGUUCAAGAUGCUCUCAGAGGUUCAGGUUGACAAAGAACCUUUGCCAUCAAAAAGGCAAUUCAUUACAAUGUCAGGGGAUGUUGUGGGUGCAACAACCCGUGGACUUUUGGGAGUAGAAUUUAAACAGAAUGAUGAUGCACAUGACAACAAAAACCCAGGAGCACCUGAUCCACCAGCUAAUUUGAAUAGUGGACCACGUCGUUCACCAUCAGCUAAUUUGAAAAGUCCACCACCACCUCAUCCACCAUCUCCUCUGCCACCUCCACCUCCUCCACCACCUCCACCACCUCAGUCGCAUCCAAUAUCAUCAUCUUCUUCUUUGAUUAUAUCUCUCUCAGUUGGAGGAGUAGUUUGUUUUCUGAUUGUCCUUUCUGUUAUAUACUUGUACCAUAAACAAACAAAAAAGGUUGUCAGUGUAAUGCCCUUGAUGACAGUUCUCAAUGGGCAAUCGCAGAAAUCACUUGUGACAGGCGUACCUGCAUUGAGACGAUUGGAACUUGAAACAGCUUGUGAGGAUUUCAGCAACAUUAUUGGUUCAUUAUCAAAUUGCAAUUUGUACAAGGGUACACUUUCAAGUGGAGUUGAAAUAGCAGUGACAUCUGCGAUUGUGACAUCAGCAAAAGAUUGGUCAGUACAAGAUGAAGCUCACUUCAGAAAGAAGAUUUCAGACUUGUCCAAAGUAAAUCACAAGAACUUCAUGAACCUUCUUGGUCAUUGUGAGGAAGAAGCGCCUUUUACCAGGAUGAUGGUUUUUGAGUAUGCUCCAAGUGGGACACUAUUUGAGCAUUUGCACAUUAAGGAAGCAGAGCCCUUGAACUGGACCGCACGUAAACGCAUAGCCAUGGGACUUGCUUAUUGUCUGGAGCACAUGAUGCAACUUAACCACCCUCUAAUCCCUAGAAAUUUGAAUUCAUCAUCCAUCUAUCUAACCGAAGACAAUGCAGCCAAGAUUUCUGAUCUUGAUUUCUGGAAUGUAGAAACAGAAGCAGACAUGGCAUCAUCUGAAAUCACAAAGGAGAGCAGCAUCGUGUACAAGUUUGGAAUAAUUCUACUGGAGAUAGUUUCAGGAAGGCUUCCAUAUUCAGAGGAUGAUGGCUUACUUGUGCUUUGGGCUAGGAGUUAUUUGAGUGGGAAGAGACCGAUAAAAGAUAUGGUAGAUGCAACCCUGGACCCGGUGCCUGAUGAAGAUAUCAAUGCACUAGUGGAGGUGAUUCGAUCUUGCAUAGAUGAGGAUCCAAAUGAGCGACCAACAAUGAAAGAAGUCGCUGAUCGAAUGAUGCUAAUUACGGCAAUUCCACCAGAGGAAGCUAAUCCAAAGGUAUCACCACUGUGGUGGGCAGAGCUCCAAAUUAUUUCUUCAGAAGCUACCUAGAGAUGGAGUUGGCAACAAUCGUAUGGCAGCCCUUCUUUUGUACUGUUUCAUAGUGAAACUGCUUUUGCUACAUUUGCUUCACUAGUUUGUAAUUGUAAUAGGGGAAUUAAAAGAGAAAAGAAAUUUAGUUUGGGAUACUUAAAAAGAGUUUGUAGGUCUGUCUCUGUUAUGGAGAGAAUGGAGGGCAAUAGCCAUGUGUGGAGAAGAAUAACUUGGAGAGUACAAACAGCUUAGAUUGUGAAAGUCUCUCCAGUAUCCAAUCUCAAGAUUGGGCUUAAGAUAACUUGAAUUUACAUAGUAGUUAUAUUAUUGUGCUUGUGAUGAUGAA